CUAACGCUGCCUCUCCUCUCCCCUCUCUGCAGUAACAACAACCCCUACGCCUCCUUCGGAGCCACGCUGGCGCGGGACGAGGAGCAGAACCUGUGGAGCACCCCGCACGACGUGACCCACACGGAGGCGGACGACGACCGGGUACUGUACAACAUGAUUGUGGUCAGGAACCAGCUGGACAAGGACUCGGAGGAAUGGCAAAAGCUCAACUAUGAUAUCUAUACCUUACGGCAGACGCGAAAAGAAGUGAGAAGCAGAUGGAAACACAUUUUGGAGGAUUUAGGUUUCCAGAAGGAAGCGGACUCCCUCUUGUCAGUGACCAAACUCAGCAUCAUCAGCGAUUCUCAGAACAUGGGCAAAGCCCGGGACAUCUUGUUAAAGCUUUCUGAAGAGACAAACAUCUUCCCAACCAGCUGGGAGCUUUCUGAGCGCUACCUCUUUGUGGUGGAUCGGCUUAUAGCUCUGGACGCUGCGGAUGAGUUCUUCAAGAUGGCCAGCAUCAUGUAUCCAAAGAGACCCAGCGGGGAAA